AUCAAAGUGUAACAAAGCACAUUAUUUGGUUUCCCAAAGAAACUCUCUCUCAAUGUUCAGUAGAGUAUUAAGGCACCUCUUCGGUGCAUAUGCAGCCCUGCCUUUUCUAGUGAUCCUAUCCACCCACCAUAGUUGCAGUGCUACAAAGAACACCAGCAAUUACUGCGCUCCUUCUUCUUGUAGCAAUAUCCAUAAUAUUAGCUACCCUUUUCGACUAAAUACCGAUCCCGAGAGCUGUGGCAACAAAAGUUUUGAACUUGCUUGUGAAAACAACUUACGUCCAACUUUAUACUUGGACAUGGUAAAGUAUUAUGUCCAGGCAAUCAAUUACAUUGACUUCACAAUUCGACUUGUGGAUGCUGCUGUUCAGAAGGAUGAUUGCUUCUCCAUCCCUCAUCAUUCUUUUACAGAAGAAUUGCUGUACUACAAUUAUUAUUAUGAGAUAAAGUGGCCACACAGUUCUGUGUUAACUUUUUUAUGUUGCAAGAAUCAUACAGAUUAUAUUAUGGAUACCUCUUCUUGCAAAAAUGGUAGUGGUACUGCAUAUAAUUCUUCUUCGUCUAGCAGUAUUUCUUCUCCCAGCUGUGUCGAUAUGGAAGGUCAUUCCUAUGUCAUGGUUGAUGGGCACGUCCGGGAUGUACCUGACUUGUGCCGUAUAAAUUUGAUUUAUUCUGUGCCAAAAAAUAUGAGAAAUAAGUCGUAUACAGAUGUCCAUGAUAUUUUGGUAUAUGGGUUCGAGCUUUCAUGGUUCUCUUUCUGCUGUCAUUAUAGCACAGAGAACCCCUGCAACCUUGAUGAAUCCACCGUGCAGAACAACAAUUGUUCACAAUACCCCGUAGCGACGCCGAUAGGCGUUUAUUUUGAAGGUAUCUACUCGAUCGUUUGUCGAAUUGGGGGUUCUUAUUGUUAUUACCCGAUGAUCAUCCCUUCACUUUUACUUACCUUUCUCAUAUUGUUUCUCAGUCCGAUACUCGCUCUUAUCAUGAUAUAUCAUGUACUAUUAUUCCCAUGUGGGCUUCUAUGUCUCCUAAUGUUACUGGUCUACAAAUGGCGAAGACAACAUUUAUCCAUGUACGAAGACAUUGAAAAAUUCUUGCAAAGUCAUGAUAAUGAUCUCAUGCCGAUAAGGUACACUUACUCAGAGAUUAAAAAGAUAACCAAUGGAUUUAAAGACAAAUUGGGUGAAGGAGGUUUUGGCUCAGUAUAUAAGGGAAAGCUUCGUAGUGGUCGUUUGGCAGCAGUUAAAUUAUUGGGCAAGUCAAAAGCCAAUGGACAAGAUUUUAUCAACGAAGUUGCCACUAUUGGAAGAAUUCAUCAUGUCAAUAUCGUGCAACUUAUAGGCUACACUGUGGAGGGAUCGAAGCGUGCUCUUAUAUACGAGUUCAUGCCUAAUGGGUCUCUUGAAAAGUACAUUUUUUCUAGGCAAGGUUGCAUCCCACUAAGCAAUGAGAAAAUGUACGAGAUUUCUCUUGGGGUGGCUCGUGGCAUUGAAUAUCUACAUCAAGGUUGUGAUAUGCAAAUUUUACAUUUUGAUAUCAAGCCUCACAACAUUCUUCUUAAUGAUAAGUUUGUUCCAAAAAUUUCAGAUUUUGGACUAGCCAAAUUGUACCCAACAAAUAAUAACACUGUGUCUCUCACUGCUGCCAGAGGGACAAUGGGAUAUAUGGCUCCUGAACUAUGUUAUAAGAACAUUGGAGGUGUCUCUUAUAAAGCUGAUGUCUAUAGUUACGGGAUGUUAUUAAUGGAAAUGGUAGGAAGAAGAAAGAACUUGAAUGCAUCGGCAAGUCAUUCAAGCCAAAUUUACUUCCCUUCAUGGGUUUAUGACCAAGUUAAUGAAGGAAAGGACAUAGAAGUACAAGAAGAUGUCAUGGAACAUGAAAAGAAAACAACGAAAAAGAUGAUUAUUGUGGCAUUGUGGUGCAUACAAUUGAAGCCUGUUGAUCGUCCCUCAAUGCAUAAAGUUGUAGAGAUGCUUGAAUCGGACAUUGAAUCCCUGCGAAUGCCUCCUAAGCCUUUUCUCACCCCACAUCAAAUAUCAAAAGACGAUGAUAGAGCUAAUCAUUCAAAGUUAUCAGAUCCACCAAAUGAUUGUAUUGACUCUUCGUAUUAUUUUGGUCGUUAAUAAUGAGAUAAUGAAGGUAAUGUAGCUUAGUGAUUAUUAAUUUUGAUAUAUAUUAACUAUUUAAGCUUUAAGUAUCUAGACAAAAAUCAUUCAAUCAAGUAAGCUUUAAUUUGUAUUGCCAAAGUGUGUUUGAAUUGAACAGACAUCAAAAUUCUUACACUUUUCAUGAUUUACUUGCUGUCACUUUGAGGCUAGGCACUUGAAGAAUUGGAUCGACGUGACCUUUAGCAAGCUAAGGGAUGACCAGUAAAUGACUCUGUUUUUACACGUAGGACUACUGCAUCCAUUUGGAAAACACACUUAAUUUGGCCACAGCGAAGUAGACCAAGACUUGUAAAAAUCGCUCAGCCUUGUAAUUACGUUUUCUCAUGAAAUAAAGCCUGUUAAUUUUUCA